UGGAGCGUGGUGACGUCAAAGGGAAUCCAGCCCGGCUCGUACAGUCAGUUGUCAACAUGGCGGCUGUAGGUGUCAUUGUGGAGAACUUGGUGAGUCUCUGGAGGAUCCCAGCAGCCCGUCAGUUCUUCCCCUGGGUCUUCGUCCUGGUCUCGGCCUUGGGGUCGAUCCUGAAGGAGCUGGAUCUCGUCCCGCAGACUUAUUUCAGCAGCAGCAGGAACGCCCUGAACCUGUAUUUCGUCAAAGUGUCCUGGGGAUGGACGUUGCUGCUCUUGACCCCCUUCAUCCUGCUCUCCAACUCCUCCUUCAACAAGAGCGUGUCCUUCCUCCGCCGCCGUCUGCUCUCCCUGGUGGUGGCCACAGCCGUCUGGUACGUCUGCACCGAGACCUUCUUCUACAUCGAGGACCUGACAGGCUCCUGUUAUGAAACUCAGGACAUGGAUCUUGUCAAAGAAGGGUUCACUUCCAAAGCCAGCUGCAGGAAGUCCGGCUUCCACUGGCACGGCUACGACAUCUCAGGUCACUCCUUCAUCCUGUCGUACUCCGCUCUCUUCAUCAUGGAGGAGAUGGCUCCCAUGGCCUCCCUGAAGACCACCAGCCUCUCUGCGUGGCACAAGCUGGCCCUCAACCUGCUGUACGUGGCCUUGAAUCUGAUCCUGCUGAUCUGGGUGAUGAUGUUUUUCUCCACCUCUGUGUACUUCCACGACCUGUCUCACAAGCUGCUAGGGACCCUUUGCGGCCUGUUAGGGUGGUAUCUGACGUACCGGGUCUGGUAUUUGAACCCUUUGUCCCCCGGACUCCCCCCUCAGCGUCAUCCCAGAGAACAGAAAGAGCACACCUAAGCUGCAGACAUACUUCACUGCACAACAUUAAAGCUAACGUUGCAGUCUUCCUAAAAACAAACACACUACUGUUGACGUCGUCCGCCCACAAGAGCGAAUCUGGCCGAAGCUGUUUGAAGUUAUUUUAAGUUCUCCUCCUCACAGACCGGUCGUUUUGUACAGGAGGACUCGGCUGGCAGGUCCUUCAUGGAGUUUGGCAGCUGCUGUUCCCAAAAUGACUCUUGGUAAUCUGAGACAGAAAACAAGAUGCUGCUCUGCUGCCCGGCUUCAGCCUCUCACCUUCAGCCUCGACGCUCGCUUCACUAUUGUCCGUCUUCGUUUGUUGCCUUAUAGAGCUUCCCUCAGAGGAGUCACAGUUUUUUUAGAAGUCUCAAUGGGAACACUUCAGGGUGUUUACAGGCUGAUGUUUGAUAGCUGAUGAUGUGUGUUUUUACAGACCAAUGUACAGUAGCCAUUCGAUCAGACACUAACGAGUGAUGGUUCCAGCGGCUCCACGUUUCAUCCUACAUGUGGGAUGUUGCGUUAUGUCAGUCAGAAGAAGCAGUGGAGUAGUAACAGGUGUGCUUGCAGUAAUCAGAGUUGACCCAGUGUUUACAAUGAUCGGCUGGUUAUGGAGCAUGUUGAAGGUUUCCAAUAAAUCAACAAAUUAAA